CCUUCACCCUUUGCUCCUUUUGUCCCCCUCGCCUCUCUCCCAAUUCUAACAUCACAUGGGCUCGUACCUUGCCAAUACGCUGCACUUCACCUAAUGUCAAUAUCUUAACAGGUUUCGCUAUGGGUGUCGCUGAAAUUUGGUCUCUAGCUAUUACCUCUGCUAGGGUUUUGCUUGCGCUGAUCGUUGGAGCUACGUCUGUUUAUGCUCUGUCGCGAUGCAUCUAUCUGUUGUACUUCCAUCCGUUAGCGAAAUACCCGGGUCCUAAAAUCGCAGCCGUGUCCAAUAUCUGGUAUGGUUAUCACUGGAUUUCCGGACGAUAUCCUUGGGCAACCGAAAAUGUUCUAAGGAAAUAUGGUGAUGUCGUUCGCGUCGCACCUAACGAGCUUGUAUUCAUUCAACCGCAGGCAUUCGCUGAUAUCUACAGACCGCAUGUUAAGAAUCAUGAGUUGUUCGUCAAGACGGAGAUGAACGAUCGCGGUGAUGAGCAUGGUGGUAUUGCGUUUGAACGAGAUCCUGUACGACACAGGAAGGUGUCCAAGCAACUCUCACCGGCAUUCAGUUCCCGCUCAAUCACUGCCAAAGAGCCAGCAAUGCAUAAACACAUUGACUUAUUCAUUGAAAGGAUGAAGACACUUGGUGCUGCUGAAGACGGAGUUGAUCUUGCCCGUUGGUGUAAUUGGUUGGCUAUGGAUAUCUCCGCUGAUAUAACGUACAAUCGCCAAAUGAAUCAGAUAAGAGACAUGAAAAACUCUGCUUACAUGAACGUAAUAUCGGGGUUCAACAAGUAUACGACGGUUGAGCAGGUCUCACUCAGAUUCCCCCUCUUAAAGCGGUUUAGAAAGCUAUUCAUUCCUGUCUCGGCCAUGACUUCGAUGCCUGAAAUGGUUCAAAGUAGCAGAAUCGAACUUCAGCGACGUCUCUGUCAGAAGGGAAACACAGAUCACCUCGACUUUUUUGAUCAAAUAGUGCCAGAGGACAGCGUACUCCCCAAGGACCCGAAGAAAAUGAGACACUUCGAACAGCUAGCUGCACAGCUCCUAUUCGGAGGGUUCGAACCAGUUUCUUCUUGGUUCUACGGCACAUUUCUGAAUCUGCUAGAUGAGCCUGAGAUAUACCAGAUCUUAGCUAAAGAGAUUCGAGACAAUUUCACGAAAUACGACGAUAUCACACCUGGAAACCUUGCCUUACUACCAUAUCUAAAUGCCUGCCUCCAGGAAUCGCUCCGUACCUUUCCCAGUAACAAUCUAGGCUUGCCACGCAUUAGCCCAGGAGCAAAAGUGGAUGGAAUAGAUAUUCCUAAAGGGGUUUAUUGCCAAACCAGUAUGUUCGCAAUGUGGCGGGACCCGCGCUUUUUCCACGAACCACUUAAAUUCCGACCCCAACGAUGGUUACCUCCAAAGCACCCACUCUACGAAUCCAAGUUCUCUGAAGAUAGUCUUGAGGGCUUCUUUCCGAUGGGCCAAGGUCCGCGAGCAUGCAUUGGUAAGGAGGUAGCAUGGAGGAUAACUAGGCUGUUCAUCGCUAAAGUUCUCUGGACAUUUGAUCUUGUUGGCGUUCCUGGACAGAAGGUGGAUCUCGAGAAGGAUUUCGUGACAUAUGGGUUUUGGGUCAAGCCCGAAUUUAGAGCCCGCUUUGUACCGGUAGAGCAAAAGAGUUAGGUCUUAUCAAUUGAAAUUAUAGCAGGUUCAUUUCA